AAGUAAGGCGUAGAAAGUAAGGAGAGAAAGAACAUAAAACAAAGUUUUGUCACAGUCACAGUCUGUGAGUCCCUCUGGUUGCUCCGGUUUGUUGUAUUCUAGGCUCCAGUCGCCUCGUCGCUCCUGACAGAAUUGUGCGUGUCUUCGAACAAUUACUAUAAAAUAAUUACUAGAGGUAGGCAAAUUUGAUUAAGCAGUUGAUAUUAACUCUAGUAAGUUCACCUUGCUUUGCUAGGUUUCUGACAUCAUUAUUUGCACUUUGCAUAAUAGUUACGCCCAGUUACGCCGUUACGCCGAGUGGCAGCGCGUCGGUCGUAUUCCGCGCUUUGGCCAGUGUUCUGUGCUUUGGCUGCAACUGUACGUACUUUCUUUUUGUUUUGUUUUUGAUCAAGUCACAUGAGCGAUCACGGGAUGGUUUGCUCUGUCGAAACACAGGAAGCCGUCUGAGGAAUAAUGGCUAUUCGACAUUGUUAGUGUGCAGUUCUGGAGCAUUCCGGCAGCAGCAGCAGUCUCGUUGCCGCAGACGACGAUGGCUGACGCAGUGAAGGAGGGUCUCCGCUCUAAGAUUUACUGUGCCGCUCGCGAGGGUCUCCCGGUGACUCUGUUUGCCCUGCUGGCCAGUGUUCCGAAAUGCGACUAUCGUGAUUAUCUAAGUGCUCUGGUGGUAGACAAGGAACAAAAAUGCACGCCACUCCUCAUCGCUGCCCGCAACGGACAUCGGCAGGUGGUGCAGACGUUGCUAGAAAACUUCGGUUCCUCGGUCGGACUGGAACAGGAGGGCACCGUCCAAUUCGACGGAUACGUCAUCGAAGGCGCAACUCCUCUGUGGUGCGCGGCUGGUGCAGGGCACCUGGACAUCGUCCGCAUACUCGUCCUGCGCGGUGCCGACGUCAACCACCCGACGCGCACGGUAUCGACGCCGUUGCGAGCAGCCAGUUUCGAUGGGCGGCUGGACAUUGUUCGCUUCCUCGUGGAGCAUGGUGCCGACAUCCACCUAGCCAAUAAGUACAACAAUACUUGUCUCAUGAUCGCCGCCUACAAGGGCCACUUGGACGUUGUGCGCUACUUGCUGUUGCGGGGCGCCGACCCCAACGUUCAGGCGCUCUGUGGUGCGACAGCGCUACAGUUUGCUGCCGAGCACGGGCACCUGGACAUAGUGCGCGAGCUUUUGGAUGCGAACGCCCGCGUGUUGGCCAACGGGAUCGGCAUGACGCCGUUGCUGGCCGCCGCAGAGCGCACGAAGGCCGAAGUGGUGGAGUAUCUCGUCAAGCAGCCGUGGUGCACGCGCCGUGAGAAGAUCGACGCACUCGAACUACUGGGCGCGUCAUUCGCUAACGACAAGGACAACUACAGCCUGGAGCGAGCUUUCCGCUUCCUCGAGCUGGCGAUGCGGGAGCGCGAGUGCGAGCCCCGGCUGCCUAAAGAGCGAGGCCCAGUGGUGGCAGCUUACGACUCUCGCGUCGAGUGCGCCACGCUCGACGAAUUGUACAGCAUCAGGGACGACGCGCACGCCCUGCACAUGGAGUCCCUGGUGAUCCGCGAGCGCAUCCUGGGACCGCACAACCCGGAGUUGCCGCAUCCCGUUGUCUACAGGGGUGCAGUGUUUGCUGACAGUGCAGCGUUUGAUCGCUGCUUGCAACUGUGGCUGCAUGCUCUUCGGCUGCGAUCAGCUGCCAGGCUUCCUUUGCGCAAGGACCUACUCCGGUUUGCCCAAGUUUUCAGCCAGAUGCUGCAUGUCGGAGUUGAAGUGCCACCAGGAGCAGUCGCCCAGAUUUUGUCGGCGGCCAUUCAUGAACUGGAGUCGGGUUCAGAUGAGGACAAUGAUGCCAAUAUGCUGACUUCCCUGUACCUGCUGGUAGUGGUGAGCAAGCUCCAUUUCAUGUCGGCUAGUCAGGAGCACGAGCUGAUGAGGCUCAUCUACCGCCUUGUCCAGUUGGGCCGGGUAACUAGAGAUGGAUGCACACUGUUGCACCUGUGCGUGAGCGCUGACACACCCGUGGACGAUUUCCACACCAAGAACAUCUGCCACUUUCCGUGCACUGACACCACUCGGCUGUUGCUUCGUUGUGGCGCUGAUCCGAAUGCAGUCGAUGCCAGGCGCAACACGCCCCUACAUGCCAUCGUCACAUACCAGAAGCCAAUCAGUGACUUUCUUACCCUGCACUCCAUCAUUGUGGCCCUCAUUGAGGCAGGAGUGCAUGCCGAUGCAACUAACGCGCGUGGAGAGACAGCAGCGGAAGCAGCUACAACGGGUGUUGCAGAGGUGAUCCUCCGCACUCAGACCCAAGUGACCCUACGCUGCUUAGCCGCACGUGCUGUGGCCAAGUAUGGACUGUGUUAUCGGGCAGGCGAGAUCCCGCGGUCUCUUGUCCAGUUCGUGGAAAUGCACGGUGGUCGAACACGGCCCCUGCCACGGCCUGGGGCUGACUGAGCACCACAUGGUGGAUACAUGGUUUGAAAGUUUUGAAAAAAAGAAAGAAAUAUACUAUACGCUGUACUUUGAGGUGAGCAAGCAUGUUGUUCGUAAAACAGUACUUCUGCUGCUUACCUCAUAUUAAAUUUUGCUCCACUUACCACUUUCCAUUCUCUCCUCUCAUUGGCGAUCAUUUCACUUCAUGACAAAGUGGUCCAGGUUGUUCAUGUAUACCCGGUGUUGAACAGGGCUUGUUGAAGAAGCAGCUGUGUGGCGUAGCUGUAUUAGUAAAAGCCUAGCUACAUGAAGUGACAACUUUUACUGAUGUAGCUAGUGGUGCAAAUAUGCAACAUCAAAAUGCUAGACUGUUACCUGGCGUGAAGCUUGGUUAAACCUAGCUUGGCUUAUCAAAUAUUUAUCCACACUGGUAUACUGCCACUAGCACAUUUGUGUGUUUCAAGUCAGCUAAAUCGCCUUCUAGAUAUGUUCUCGAGCUGCAAAUGUAUUUUAGUACUCCGAACUACAAUGUAAGUAAUAACACUGUGAUGCCUACAUAAAAGACAGCCCUUCAUAGGCUCUUGUUUAUUCUCAUAAUAUACAUGUUAUAUUUUCCUGCAAUUGUUAAGGGUAUCACCCGCUCUUUGAAGUGAAACUUGGGCGGCCUAAAUGACAUGGGCACGAGGCAGGAAGGUGAUGUCUCUUUUCUGUGCAUAAUAGUAUAACGUUAUCGUAUUUGACGUGUGCUGCUUUCUGUUGUAAUUUUUGUCCAUUUCUCAUAUUAAACCAGUGAUGCAGAGUAUUUAUUUCUUCACUGUUGAACAAGGCAGAAAGAUUAUUUUUUUCACUAUGUUAUUUAUAUUUAUUCUAUUUUAUUGCUGAAUGUAAGCCACAUGUUGCUAGCCAAUGAAAUGGUAGUUUAUCUUUGUAUUUCCUUCAUUCUUUCUUUGGAGGUCCUUUGGCACGUGCUGGAUUUUUGUUGGGUCCCUGUGAUUUUUUGUGUAACGCAUUGGGAUGCUGUUUGUGUUUCUGUCAAAUCAGACUCUCAGCCCGAUUGUGAAGUUCAUUUGGUUUGUAUGCAUUGCGACAUUUACGCUGGUGUGAUGCCCAAAAAGUUGUCGCUUCAUCAAGCUUGUGUUGCAGUGUGUAAUGCGUAGUAAUUAAAUAUUGGAUGCUUAGCAGCUGUUAACAUUGACUCCAAAAUAUUUAUGCUGUAAUUAAACAAUGAAAUCUCUUUGCUUUAUGUCAUUAUGCAAUUAUGGUUUAAGAGCCGGGGCAUACUCUCGUUCCAUCCCAUUCGCUUUUGUGCAACACAAUUUCAGGCAUGACACCUCAAGGCAGUGAUGGGACAGCUUGUAGGUGUACGCCAGGGUUACACAACAGCAAUAUAAAUGGUGAUGGGGUGCGUGCCAUUCUGUUCAUCACACCCAUUACUACUUAUCUUGAACUAAACAGCACACACGCACACUGAAUUGCCUAUAUGUAUUCCCAAAAGUGGCCAUUGAAAAACAUGACCCGGUAAAUAUAUUCAUCACCUUUUCCCCCUUUUUCUUUCUGUAGUUGCAUUUUUUAUACAUCCUCCUCCUUUUUGCAGUACAGUCUAGUGAAGUUGUAACAAAUGCAAUAAUUCCCACAAAAAGAGGUUGGUAUAUCAGUUGUUUGUUAUAUUUUGGCUUACCAUAUCCGAAGUGAAAUUUGCAGUGUAACCAAUAUCUCGGCCUUAUAACUAGUAGAUUGUUCUUCCUGUACAUCGUAACCCAUUAAUUGAGCAAAAGUGUGUUUGUCUGUAUUAAGCUGGCACAUUAAUCGCAGUGAAAUAAUGCAUGUUAUACCAACUCUCACAUGCUGUCUAAGCAAAUUUUUUUUUAAUUUGAAGCCAUGGAUCAGCUAAGUUUCUUAGUUAUUCUUCCUCUAUGUAUAUUUCUUUUGACUCACAUCAUACAAGUCGUUCUUGCACCGUGUCACACAGCAUUUUAGUUAAUGUCUUGCCUCUGAUCUUGAAUAGGUGUACGGUAGCACAAUUAAGAGAGGACAAAAGAAGACACACAGGGACACACACAGCGCUAACUACUUCCAACAAUGUUUAUUAUUGAAAAGCAGGUCGCGCUUAUACACUCAGCCAAGAUGAGUCACAGCCACGUGAACAGUUAAACAUUCCAAGCAAAAGAUUUUUAGAAGUGAUAUCUUAAGCCACGUGCAAAGCAAAAAUUUUAAUUCUUUUUCAGAGAGAGCCAAUGACAGUUUACUGAUACAGGAUUUCCCGAGGGCAGCAAUCUGCUCAGCUUCUAUUAUAAGUCCAGUCAGUUCGCUCUUACUUCUACUAGUAAUGGUUGUUGAUUCGAGGAGAGGGAAGCACUUAUGCUGCUUACAAUGAAGGGUGAGAAACCCAUCCAAUGCAACUUUGUUGACCUUAUUUUUGUGUUCACACAACCUAUCAUUCAUGCAUCUGCCCGACUGCCCAACGUAAUACUUUUCACACGAUAGGGUAUACAAAAUAUAAUCGAAGUCUUACCAUCUGUAAACUUUUUCCUGUCUCUAACUUGGCAGCUAAGAGCACUUUCUUUUCUGGUCUUGUUUUCCUGCACAAGCUGAUUAGUUAGGUGCAGAAAAAAACCACAUCAGUGUUACCUCGGUGGGCAAGUUUCUUUAGGCUGUGUGACAACCAGUGGAUAUAGGGUAUAACUGUUGGUCUUGUUUUUCUCACGCUUACUAUUAUUCAAAAGACUAGCGCAAAAUAGCAGGGACAAAGACAGAGAAGACGACAGGACGAAUGCUCAUCCUGUCGCGCUCGUCCUGUCGUCUUCUCUGUCUUUGUCCCUGCUAUUUUGCGCUAGUCUUUUGAAUAAUGAUGACACACCAACUAGCCCAGCUUUCUGCCUUCACGCUUACUAUUUCCUUCUGCACGUUCAGAGGUCCCAAAUUGCUGCGCUUGCCUUAGUAUUCCUUCUACAACUGAUACCAGAACUUGACUGGGAUAACCUGCAUCAUAUAGGCGCAUGACUUGUUGUGUGAACGUUUCGUCAAUGCAAUGAUGGCAUGAUUUUAUUAAGUACAUUGGUGAAACACAUUUUUGCAAUUCUUCUUUUUACCAAUUUAGAAUGGGCUGAAUGAUAUGACAAAUUCCUCUGAUGCAUUAUUCAUACAGAAUCUAAGUUGCUGUAAUUCUUCAGUUAAGGCUAAGAAAAGAUAGCCUUUCCAGCCAUAUAGAAAUGUAUCUCGAUAUUGACAUCACUGAAUGCUUGGCCAAAGUUAUGUGGUCAUGCACUUAGCAGUCUAAUACCUGUUCCACAUGUGCACAUUGUUAAUCGCUUUAUUGCUCCAAUUUUUUUUGCCAUGUCACUUUGUGGCAUGUACCUUAAUGCCAUCUGUAAUAUAAGUAGGAUGAAACUUUCCCACCUGGUGCACCCUGUGCUUGUGUAGGGCAGUACACUUAAUUUCUUUCUAAAUAGCAUUUGAUCAAGCAACAAAUUACUCGUACAUCUUGUUGGGUCAAAACAAAUUUACAGUUUAAACACCUCCAAUCUGACAGACACCAUAUUGUCCGAUGUUAGGACUCAAAAAGCGUGGUGAAUAAUGGUGGGCUUAUGGCAACUCCUGUGAUGCACGAUUCUCCAUAAAGUAACUAACAUUUCAUUUGCAUGAUAAUGGUAUUUUAGGCAUAUGAACAGAGUUUGUAAAACACUGGUGAGAAUGUGAGUCGCUUCUUGGCCAUCUAAUUGUGUUGGUGCAUGGUGAUAUUAAACAUGAACAUUUUGCAAGGCAUGAAAAUGUUGCCAUUAGGAAUUUUGGGAGCCUAAGACACUCUAUGCCAUUAACCUCACUUGUGUAGCAUGGAUAUUACUCUCCGGUGGCCUUAACUUGGUGGAAGGGCUUCUUUAGAUGAUGCAGUGGUGGGUGCUAUAAAUAUGGAAUGCACAAUCUGGAAUUGCCAGACUUGUAAGAAAUAGAGGGGGCUAUAGUUCUUAACAUUCAAGAAGAAACGUUACAUAUUCAAGAAAGGAAUGUUGCCUAAACAGACUUGUUAUAUACUUCAUAGAUAUUGUGUGCUUAAUAUGGCUUUUUUAAUUUUAGUCUUUAAUCUAGUGGUGUGAGCAGAAUGUCGCAAGAAUCAGUUAUAAGCGAGUUUUUUUUUUUAAACCUCUGUACACUGUUUUGAUUAUGUACUGCACAUCACAUUCAGAUUAUCGGAAAAUGCAUAAAGAUGCAGGACAUUAAGAUUAUUUGCAGAUUAACUUUACCUGGAGAGGUUUCACUCAGUGUGCUAGUUUUGAAGUCUUUUAAUCGGCUGUGGAACGUUUUGAAACAAGUAAUAAAAUAUGGAUCUGCA